AUGAAGAAACAAACUCAUCUGCAUAUUGGAUGACAUGAGAGUGAGGACAUUUUCAACAAAUUUCCAUUUUCAAACUAUUGCUUUAAACUGUAACUUGUAAGAGAGUCCUGAGAGCUCACUUUCUCACUCAAAUAGUUGUACUCUCUCUCUCUCUCUCUCUCUCUCUCUCUCUCUCUCUCUCUCUCUCUCUCUCUCUCUCUCUCUCGGAUUAAGGCCUUGGUGUAUUUUCAGGCAAGAAGGCUUAUGGGAUCUCUGAUGAACAUGGUCAUAAUCCUUCCAGAGAACAAAACUAUUCAUUUUCACGAUAAAAGAGAAACAAAUAUCAGUUCUUGAAUCUCAGCCAUGCAUUUGCAUGAUUUGCUAAUGAUAAUCAACUUCAGUAAUAUUGGCAUCUGUCAGAUUUAACUGAUCUCUCUCUCUCUCUCUCUCUCUCUCUCUCUCUCUCUCUCAAUAGGAUUAUGACGGUGGGUUCAUGUAGAUUAGGUGGUCUGUUCACUGUGGCCUUUAAAUCUCUCUGAUUAGAGAGUAGACAAACACUGACAGAACGAUGUCAGAGACAGUCUGGUGUCACUUUAACCCUGUAAUCACCGUGAACGGGGCCCGUGGAGACGAGAAAUAACAGCACAGUGAACCUGCAGGACGCGAAGCCGCGUUGAUCUGAACUCAUGAUCGGUUCGGUUACGAUCAACAGCGAUUUUGAGGCCAGCGAGACUCCGUCACUGAAGAAGCUGUCAUGGUGGACCUGUUCCUGGGGAAGGUUCUGGUGAAGAACAAUAAAGACAGAGACGAGCUGGACACGGAGCGUGAGAUCGUCCUGCGGCUCCAGAACCGUAUCCUCAUGCUGUUCUUCGGCUCUGGUGAGUGCGAGAAGUGCCAGGAGUUUGCACCGACGCUCAAAGACUUCCACAAGAAGCUCACGGACGAGUUCUACGUGGAGCGAUCGGCUCAGCUGGUCCUGCUGUACAUCUCGCUGGACUCGUCCGAGGAGCAGCAGGAGAAGUUCCUGAAGGAGCUGCCCAAACGCUGCCUGUUCUUGGCCUACGAGGACCCCUACAGACAGGAGCUGAGCGAGAUGUUCGAGGUGCAGGAUCUGCCCAGGGUGGUGGUUUUGCGUCCGGACUGCUCUGUUCUCACACCUGACGCCGUGGAAGAAAUCUGUAAACUGGGGCCGGACUGCUACCGCAACUGGCAAGAAGGGGCGGAGCUUAUCGACAGGAACUUCAUGAUGAACGAGGAGUUUGACGAGGGCAAAAUGCGAAGCAUGACCGACCCCAUCAGACGAGUCAAAUACAAGGUGGAGCAAGAAGAAGAAAAGAAGAAGAAAAAGAAGAAGGACGGGGUGAGUGUGGAGGAGGAGGAGGACGAGGACGGAGAGGAAGAUGGAAAUGAUGGAGGAGGAGGUUGGGGCUGAGGUUAGGACAUCUGAUGCUCUAAUAACUAUUAGUGAAAUGGACAGAAGCCACGAGUAAGUGUUGAGUAAACGUCGCUGAUCAGAUCAAAUAGCAGCGCUGAAAAAAGAAAGAUGGAUGUUCUGCAGCAGUAGUUCUCAAACCUUUCUCCAAGGACCAUCAAUGUCCACAACAACAUUUGAAAGCUAACACGUUUCCUCUGGAAAGACAAAUGCUUUUAUUUUACAGAAACUGUGUUAGAAACUAAAUUAUUAUAAUUCAAAUAACUGAAUUUCAGGAUUCCAAAAGUUACAAGAGAUGAAGUUUCUUUAAUUUUCCUGCUCUUUCCAUCCAAUCAAUUUCCGGUUGUUCAUAAUUCACUGGAUUCGUAUUAAGGAUAAGAUAUUGUUAAGACAUUUUUAUCCCUAAUAUUUGAUUUUACAAAUGAAAGAAUUUAGAGGAUUAAAGAACAUUAUUUUACAAAAGACAUUUACUGUGCAUGCCGGGUUAUUUUCUGCCAUAUUAUGCGAAAGCAAUGCAGUUAUUAACCUGGAAAUUCACACUAAAUUUUUUAACUGUUGUUAAAGAUGUGAGCUAAAAUAAGAAGUAUCUUGAUUUUUUGUUGUUUUUAAAUAACGUUAAGUCCUCGAGGCCCCUUUUAAACCCCAGGUUGAGAAAAACUGGACUACAACGGCUGCUCAACGAUAGAUAACUGAGCUCAGCUUCUCAAUUCCUGGAUAAAUUACUUCUUUUCAAAUGCAUCUGUGUAUAUUUCCAGAUCAUAGGUGUACAUGUAUGAUUAUACAGUAUUACUAUAAGGAUCUUCAGAUGACUGCUGUAACACAAAUGUAUGCAUAAAUGCUCUUUUUUUAACAUGCAUGCUCUUUAUCAACAUUUGCAUUACUAAUAAACUGAUUUACAAAGAAAAAUGGUCUUGAGCAUGUUAAAACACACACACA